AUGGACCGCAACGAGUCUCCUCCUCCCCCUGGCCCAAGCCAGCACCGCAUCCUCGUCCAGUGCCACCCGCAAGAUCGGGAGGCAGCCAGUGUGGCAAUGGCGGAGGACGAUGCAGCCGUGGAGAAGAAGCGAAACGAGCAAGAUGCAGACGACGAGACAUGGACGCCCUCCUCAUCCCAAGAGUCCAACGAGUCCGUUGAAUACGAAGAGCACAACGAGGGGAACGAGCUAGGCAAUCCCGAUACGCCCCAGGCUACCGCCAUUGACAACGACGGGUCUGACAACGACGGGUCUGACAACGACGGGUCAGACACCGCCGCAGAAGACGAAGACAACGGUGAUGAUACUGAGAAGUCCAGCUUGCAGAAAGAUCCCGGUGUCCCCGACUAUCCGCCUGCUCUCACUUUUGAUGUUCUGCUUGAAGUGCUAAGGAGGCGCAAGAAGUACAAUGGCCCGAUACCCAGGUUCAUCGAAAGAUAUAUUUCCGGUCUGGCCAAAUUGAGCUAUCAGGAGUGGAACGUCGUGGUCAAGCUCGUGCGGGAAAACGAGGAGACUCUCGCGAAAUACCUGGCGCAAGACAGCGGCAAGAGGAACGACCUGAAAGAGGACAGCGAGAUUCUGGUAAAGGCCUGGGAACAGUCGUGGAGGGAUUUUUACGGGUGGACCAGACAAUAG